CAACCCGGAAUAAAGAAGCCCAACAUUUAUGUGGGUGCUUUUUCCUCUGAUUACAGCCUGCUAAUGAAUAGGUACAUCCUGAAUGCAUAGCAACAACAGGCACUCCAGCUUCUAUAACAACACCGCUGCUGGUGAUUCUGCACCUGUAGGGCAGGAUGUCGUCUGCCAGGGAAAGAUCCUGGACCUUUGUUGCACCCGCACUGGUGACCUUGAUUCUGCUGGAUGCUGUUGUUAUUGCACAGGCGAAGAACUUUGAGGAUGUUCGCUGCAAGUGCAUCUGCCCACCAUACAGAAACAUCACUGGCCACAUAUAUAACAGAAACGUGUCCCAGAAGGACUGUAACUGCCUCCAUGUAGUGGAGCCCAUGCCGGUGCCUGGCCAUGAUGUGGAAGCUUACUGCCUGUUGUGUGAGUGCAAGUACGAGGAACGAAGUAGCAACACCAUCAAGGUAACCAUCAUCAUUUACCUGUCUGUUGUUGGUGCACUGCUGCUCUACAUGCUGUUCCUGCUGCUGGUUGAUCCUCUAAUUCGCAAACAUGACACCUACACCCAGCCUCUGCACAACGAGGAGGACUCUGAGGAGAUGCGUCCGACGGUGGACAGUGCCCAGGCCAGAGGAAACACCGUGCUGGAGCGGGUUGAGGGAGCACAGCAGCGCUGGAAAAAGCAGGUUCAGGAGCAGCGCAAGACAGUUUUUGACCGCCACAAGAUGCUUAGUUAAACCCAGAGCACAUAUAGAAAAGGUAACUUACCCGGGCUCAGCGCUUUUACACUGUCUCACCAGCUGCACUAUUACUAACCUCUGUCGCCGCUGUGCACUGCUGCACCCUCUGAAUAAGCAUUUCUUCACUUAAAAAAAAUUUAAACAUAUUUGUCUCGCAAGCAGACGUUUUAUUUGAAUAUUAUAUGUAACAUUUUAGGCUAUGUUGCAGCUGUGAAAAAACUGCGUGUUUGGGCACUGUGAAUGGCUAGAAAUCAUCUCAAUCAUUUCAGCAAUUUGCAAUGCAACAGAUUUUGAAUGUCUCAAUAAAGUAAAAACCUUUUUCUCUAUUAAGCCAGACUGUGAAUAGCUUUUAAGCUUCUCUGUAUUUAUUUUUCUUUAGCUUCCUUCCAAUUUGGUACAUUAUUAAGCUGUUUUCCUUGUAGCAUAAUUUAUGAAAUUACCUCAGAACAGGUAAGCUAUGUGUAUGUGAAUGGUCAGUUUAGCAAUUUGGGUAAUGAGUACCCAACCUGAGCUACUGUCAACUAUCACACAUUUCCUAGUUUAGCAGUAAUAAUGUUUUAUAUGUGGUAAUUAUUUCUCUUAUUUAUUUGUUCCCCAUGACUGUGCAUAGUAACCUGGGCAUAUGUAGUGCCAUUUGCACUAAUAGAGUACAUUUUGGGCUUUGUAAUUUUUAAGGUGCAGUAUGUCACUCUGGAGAAAGAUAGUCGAUUGUUGAGUCUCAUUUCCAAUUCAUCAUGGUUUCCCCCAGAAAAGUUUUUUCUAGGUGGAAAGUAUAUUUUGAAAGAGCAGGCAACCUGACAUGAUCCAGCACAAUUUAGCGGACAAGUGUCUUUUUUGACGGGGGCCAACAACAGAUUUUGUUUUUAUUUUGAUGUUUACAAUUCAGCAAAGUUAAAUUAAAACAUAGUUUUAUGUGUAAAAAGCAGCAUUUGGUCUCAAAUGCAUAUGAAUAUGAUUCAGAUUUGUUGUGUAUUCAUGAGUGCUUGAAAUUGGGAGACAAAACAAGAUUUUGCAUAGGGCCUUUAAAAUGUUCUGGCAACAAUUAAAUCGUAGGCAACUGGACUUUGAUUUUGUCUAGAAGAUGUUUCACCUCUUAUCCAAGCGGCUUCAUCGGUUCUCAACGCAUCAGUCUGACUAGUCCUCACUAGUCUGACUCGUCAGACUCGUACCUUUAAGAUAGCCCCAGUAUGUGCCUUUUCUGUCUUCUCUCCUUGUUUGGGUGUGUUGCAGCAAAUUCCAGUGCAAAAUGUGGCUCUGAAAAGUUAGAAAUUCACAGUUUGUAAAACAUAACAGAUGAUAAGGUCUCAGAAUACAUUUUAGCAGGUGUAUCAACUACCAAGUAGCUGUUAGGUUUUUAUAAAUUGAAUCUUUUAUCUUGAAUUUACCAGUGGAACCUGAUUGAAAAGAGAUUUGUUCAGUAAAGCAGGCACCAGGGCACAUUUUUUUUGUCCUGUAUUUUGCACUAGAGUUUUUACAUACUUCCCCAUGCAAGGAGAGAAAUGGAGAACGGGGCAUUUAACAGAGCUUUAAAGCCAUCCUUAGUGUAAUCAGAUCUCUGCCACUGGAGAAUGUCCUGAAUCAGUAAAGCUGCUGAUAAUGCGUUUAAGUGUGGCAGAAUCAGGAUGCCUUGUGGCGUUGAAGGGCCCUCAUGUGCAUCAUCAUGUGUCAGUGAAUUCCCUCUCGCAGCCUCCUACUGAAGCUCCCUGUUGGGGAGAUUUUAAGACGGCAUACUGACUCACAUUACCUCAUGCACAAUAUGAUCUGUUGAAGUUUUACUGGUUUUGGUUCUCAUCUUUGUUGUUUUUUUGUAUCAAUGAAGUGUUUUUGAUUGAUUGAUGUAAGUAUUAUUUUAUAGCACUGGUAUCAGUGUUUUGUAUUUAUAUUUAUCGCCAGCCUCUCCGGAGUUUUCCCUGCUCAUGUCCAUUCAUUCAGCUUGAUGUGAAAUAAAAGAAACAAAAUACUAAAAAUAUA